AUGUCCACUAUCCCAGACCAUAUUCAACAGGAGGCAGACAGAGCAACAGCUGAAGCGACAGGUCCCAUCCUGAUGGGGUCCCAUUUGGUGACCGUCUGGCUGUGGUUCUGCCUGUCUCUCACCGCCACGUCCAUCUCACACAGCGGCUACCACUUCCCCCUGCUGCCCUCCCCAGAGGCACACAAUUUCCACCAUGUGAAGUUUAACCAGUGCUACGGUGUGAUGGGGGUUCUGGACCGUCUCCAUGGGACAGACGAGCAGUUCCGCCACAACAAGGCGUACGAUCGCCACGUCACGCUGCUGGGUCUGACUCCGCUAUCCUGGUCCAUCCCAGACAACCCAAGGCGAGCAAGGAGACCCUGGCCUGUCACAAGACGUCUUGCCAAAUGUCUAGCCAUGGCCCCAUGUCAUGUGGUCAGACUCAAGACAAUAACCAAGUGCCAAUGGGGAAGACAGAGUAAUUCACUAAGGAGUCUUUAA